UACUACCUCACCCUGCACGAGAUCAACUGAUAAAAAUCCAGGAAUCAAACGCUUCAGUGGAGCCAACAAAUGGUGUCGAUGCUAAUUAGUUGCGUAGCUUCAUCAUCUUUCAACUAUCUCUCGGAUUCGCCGAGAUUGUCUUUGUCGAAAACCUUGUUGAAACAAACUCAUGCUGCUCUUCCCAGCAGAUUCAAUCCAGUUUUAAGGUUUGGUUAUGGUACGAAGUUUACUCCAGCUACCUGGAGGAGUCCGCGUUUGGUUUGCUUUUUCAAUGCUGGCAAAGAAUCCAAUAGCGAUUUUAAUAAAGAGGAAGCCAAAUUUGAUUGGCAGAUACUCAAGCGAUGGGAAGUGCCUUGGGAAUGGCAAACAGUUUCACUAACAUCGCUUGCUUGUGGAUUAAGUUUUGUUUUGACAGGAUUAUUAGAAGCAGCGGCUAUACCGUAUUUAGGACUUCAAAUUGGAGAACUAAGUUUGGAUGAAAAAGCUGAGAUACUCUUUGUGGAUCAAGGCAUAACAACUGCAGUCGUGCUUGGUGUUUUAUAUGGUGUUGGCAAUACCUUUCAACCACUUCCUGAAGAUAUUUUCCUCUAUGAUUUAAGGGAACCAUUCAGUCUGAAGAAAGGUUGGCUCCUAUGGGCAGGGAUUGGUCUUUUUGGAGCCAUUGUUGCUAUCUCAUUGACUGGAGCUGCUAUGUCACUGUUUAAGGGGGAGAACCCACAAAGAGAGACUGAUGCUCUUGUGCAAUUACUUCCAUUAAUUGGAUCUUCGAAUAUCAGCACUGCUUGCUUGGUGGGUGUUACGGGUGUUUUUGCUCCACUUCUUGAGGAGACUGUAUUUCGAGGUUUCUUUAUGGUGUCCCUCACUAAGUGGGUUCCCACACCAGUUUCUGUCAUUAUCAGUGCUGCUGCAUUUGCCCUUGCUCAUCUCACUCCUGGAGAGUUUCCCCAGCUAUUUGUUCUGGGAACUGCAUUGGGAUUUUCAUAUGCUCAAACUCGUAACCUUCUUACUCCCAUCACGAUUCAUGCUUUAUGGAAUUCAGGAGUUAUUUUGCUGCUUACCAUUCUUCAGCUCCAAGGAUAUGAUAUCAGGGAACUUUUGCAGGCAACCUAAGAGGGUUUGGGUUUCCUUUGCUUGACUGCCCAUAUGGACUCUGUCGCCUCCUUACCUCAUUCCUGUACACCAUAUGUAGGAGACUUUAUUUAUGUUUCAACAUGUGUACAGAGGGAAACUAUUGGUGAAAGGAUAUGAAUUUGUAAGAUGAAACAAUUGACUCCUUGUAAUUAGAAACAUGGGCCCUUAAUUUUCACUGCAUUAGCAACUUAUUUUCCCAGCCUGCCCUGAAAAAGAAAAACACGAAUUUCUUAAUUUCCUUCACCCUC